UUGAUGAAUAAAUUCAAGUGAAAUGAAAUCAUGUGACAGCCCCACCCACGCUGGCGUAGGCGGGACGUAUUGUCAAUCCGGAGCGUGGGUUGUUCGCGAUCCGCGAAUGGGAGGCGGGUCCCCGCUAUUGUCCGAUUGAUUGACGGUUCAAUUGGCCACUGAGCGUGAGGGGCAGCUCUGAGUGAUUACCCUCUUAACCAACAGAAUUCACGGCAUUCGGCAUUGAGGGCGCUGAUGGGCUAAUUAUGUUUAGGUGUGGGCGUAAUAAUGAGCCAAUCAAUAUAGGUAUCUCUUUGAGCGACGUUUGCUUUAUCCAGUGAACACCAUGGAUGUUAUGAUUGACAGCAAUCUCGGCCAAUAGUGGUGCGGAGAGGGUGAGCGGGCGGCCGGGCGGUGAGCGGAAGUGGCGGGUUGUCCGUUUGUUUUUCUGCCGGUUUCUGCCGCGGAUUUUUCUGAGGAAAGUUUUGGUGCGGGAUCGCGGGGACGCCGGGCUCCGGCCGCCGCUCGGACCGCGGGCUCAGCGCCGUACGGCCCGCUGCUUUCCCCAUCGCCCCCGCCCCCCGGUUGGCGGCGAGGCCCGGCUGAGUGAGAGGCCGAGGCCUCGCGGCCUGCGCCAUGGAGCCGCUGGAGAAGGUGGACGUGAACCGGGCGAGCGCCGAGGAGCUGGCCACGGCGCUGUUCGGCAUCGGCAGGAAGCGGGCGAGGGCCAUCGUGAGGCGGAGAGAGGAAUUGAAAGGUUUUUCUUCGCUGGAUGAUCUUCUGGACAUCAAAGGCAUCACGUGCCACUUUCUGGAAAGGAAUGGUAACCUCCUGUUCUGCCAAAAGAAUAAACUGAACACAGAGACGAGCAUGGAAGGCUUGUCCAGCAGCUCCAGUAGUAGCUUCUCUGAUGGAGGUGCAGCAGAUGAAGAGAGUGGAGUUCAUGGUGCCUGGGAAGAAGGAGAGAAUGAAGAAAUCGAUGAGAGAGAAGAUGACCUAAGUGACACAGCAGAAGGCAUUGAAGACGAUUGCGGAGAGUCAUAUUAUUAUUUCGUUGCGGACCUUGUUCAGGAAGCACAGGGUAAAGGGCUGGUCCAACGUGUGAAACCCAAGAUGAAGCGAAAAUCAGAGAAUGGCCUUGAUGUACGAUCAUUGUCGCCAGGAAAGAAAUUGUGCAAAGGCUCUGAAUACUCCAGUUCUCUCUCACCCUGCAUAAAUACAACCACAACGUUUGGAGAUAUAAGGAAUGGCAACAUCCCAGGUCAACAUCGCCGACGUAUUACAUCAGUGACACCUCCAACAGAUCUUCAGGAAUGGCUUGGCAUGUUCCAGAAGUGGAGUGGCCCUGAGAAGCUUCUGGCAUUGGAUGAACUCAUUGAUCGUUGUGAGACUUCUCAGAUCAAAUACAUGAUGCAGGUCAUUGAGCCUCAGUUCCAGCGAGACUUCAUCUCCCUCCUACCUAAGGAGCUAGCACUGUACGUCCUGUCAUUUCUGGAGCCAAGGGAUCUGCUGCGGGCAGCACAGACUUGUCGGUACUGGCGCAUCCUGGCUGAGGAUAACCUGCUCUGGAGAGAAAAGUGCAGAGAAGAAGUGAUUGAGGAGCCCCUGUACCUGCGGCGGCGUCGAAUGCUGAGCACAGGUUUCAUGUACAGUCCAUGGAAAUCUGCCUUCAUGCGGCAGCAUAAGAUCGACACCAACUGGCGAUCUGGAGAGAUCAAACCUCCAAAGGUGUUGAAAGGUCAUGACGAUCAUGUCAUUACCUGUCUGCAGUUCUCAGGAAAUCGUAUUUUGAGUGGCUCGGAUGACAACACACUCAAAGUAUGGUCUGCAAUCACAGGCGAGUGUGUGCAGACUCUGGUCGGACACACGGGUGGAGUUUGGUCUUCGCAGAUGAGGGGCAGCAUUGUCAUUAGUGGUUCAACGGACCGUACCCUGAAGGUGUGGAAUGCUGAAACGGGAGAAUGUAUACAUACGCUUUAUGGACACGCCUCCACUGUACGGUGCAUGCAUCUCCAUGGCAACAAGGUAGUGAGUGGAUCAAGAGACGCUACUCUCAGAGUGUGGGACAUCGACACAGGGCGAUGUUUGCAUACUUUACUGGGCCAUGUGGCUGCAGUCCGAUGUGUGCAGUACGAUGGGAAGAGGGUAGUGAGUGGUGCUUAUGACUACACUGUAAAGGUGUGGGAUCCAGAGACUGAAACCUGUGUGCACACUCUUCAGGGGCAUACAAACAGAGUCUACUCACUUCAGUACGAUGGUGUACAUAUAGUCAGUGGGUCCCUCGACACCUCAAUACGAGUGUGGGAUGCAGAGAAUGGCAAUUGUUUGCACACUUUAAUGGGGCACCAAUCACUGACUAGUGGUAUGGAGCUUAAGGAUAACAUCCUGGUAUCUGGGAAUGCUGACUCCACAGUGAAAAUCUGGGACAUUAAGACGGGUCAGUGUCUGCAGACAUUACAAGGUCCGAACAAGCAUCAGAGUGCAGUCACCUGCCUGCAGUUCAUCCAGAAGUUUGUAGUCACUAGCUCGGACGAUGGGACAGUUAAAUUAUGGGACCUUAAAACUGGCGAAUUCAUUCGCAAUCUGGUGGCACUUGAGAGCGGUGGCAGCGGUGGGGUUGUGUGGCGGCUCCGAGCGUCAAAGACAAAACUCAUUUGUGCAGUGGGCAGUCGGAAUGGGACGGAGGAGACCAAGCUGCUGGUCCUGGACUUUGAUGUAGACAUGAAAUGAGGCGGUGUGCUACUGUGCACGUCUAACCCCUUUCCCGGGCAGCAAGCUGCAUCAAACUCCGUGCUGUCCUUUCCAAUUUGCCAAAGAAGACUUGACCUUGUGGGAAGACCAGAGCAGGAUCUGCAGAGACCCCGUUAAGGGGCAGUGGUGCCCCUCCGGAGUGGGACGAGCCGGUCUGCCUUUGCAAGCCUACAGCACUCGAGCUGGGAGCAAGUUGGGAAAUAUUUAAAGCACCUUAGAACUGAGCCAUCACAGGACAUCCAUCUGUGCCGAUGACAAGACACUUGGAGACACUUUAGAGACUUGCCAAAAUUGUUAGUAACAGAAACUUGUACAUAAAAUGGUUCUAUCUGUAUAUUAUAUAAAAGUGUAUCUAUGUGACGAAUGAGGUAAAGCAUCCUUAACUACGUCUAUAUAUUGAAAUUGUGUAACAGUGUGGGGAAACUCGUUUACAAGAGAGGAUGAUGCUACAGGUAGUGUGUGUGAGUGUGUGUGUACCAGUGUGCAAGGAUUUUCACUGUCACAAGGAGAUGCCCCUUCCCCGCCCACCUUGUAUAAAACAUUGGGAUUUACGCAACAGCAUUAAGCUGUAAAUGGUGCGCUUUUAUUGAAAAGAAAGCAAAAAAAAAUAAAAUGAUUGAAAUACAGACUGGUUUAUGCUCCAAACCAACCCAUUUCCUCAGGGCAGACUGCUAGUGGCACAGACGUUCCAGGCCUUUGUUAACAUGCAAAGUCCUCACAGGUCAGGAUUGAGGCUGGGUCUCUGGAGCCGUUGAGUAGGUCUACUCUUACCGACAUGUCCAUCCUUGGCCACCUCUACUGCCAUGUUAAGGCCAGGCACAGGUUGGAGGAACAACAACUCGUAUUCCACCUUGGUAGUCUCCAAUCUAACGGCCUC